AGACUGCGCGAUGACUGCCGAACCGGAAGAGGAGGAGCUGGGCCUGGCGGAUCCGCGGGUGUUUUUGCCGCUGCCGGUAUUUGCGGAUCUUAGGGCGCCGAGCCUGGCGUGCGGGGUGUGUCACGAUGCCGGAGCUGGCAGUGCAGAAGGUGGUGGUCCACCCCCUGGUGCUACUUAGUGUGGUGGAUCAUUUCAACCGAAUCGGCAAGGUUGGAAACCAGAAGCGCGUUGUUGGUGUGCUUUUGGGGUCAUGGCAAAAGAAAGUACUUGAUGUGUCCAACAGUUUUGCAGUCCCCUUUGAUGAAGAUGACAAAGAUGAUUCUGUCUGGUUCUUAGAUCAUGAUUAUUUGGAAAACAUGUAUGGAAUGUUUAAGAAGGUUAAUGCCAGAGAAAGAAUAGUUGGAUGGUACCACACAGGCCCUAAACUACAUAAGAAUGACAUCGCCAUCAAUGAACUCAUGAAAAGAUACUGCCCUAACUCAGUAUUGGUCAUUAUUGAUGUGAAGCCAAAGGACCUGGGGCUACCCACAGAAGCAUAUAUUUCAGUGGAAGAAGUUCAUGAUGAUGGAACUCCAACUUCGAAAACAUUUGAGCAUGUGACCAGUGAAAUUGGAGCAGAAGAAGCUGAGGAAGUUGGGGUCGAACACUUGUUACGAGACAUCAAAGACACUACAGUGGGCACUCUUUCCCAGCGAAUCACAAAUCAAGUCCAUGGUUUGAAGGGACUGAACUCCAAGCUUCUGGAUAUCAGGAGCUAUCUGGAAAAAGUAGCCACAGGCAAGCUGCCCAUCAACCACCAGAUCAUCUACCAGCUGCAGGACGUCUUCAACCUGCUGCCUGACGUCAGCCUGCAGGAGUUUGUCAAGGCCUUUUACCUGAAGACUAACGACCAGAUGGUGGUGGUGUACUUGGCCUCGCUGAUCCGCUCCGUAGUUGCCCUGCACAACCUCAUUAACAACAAGAUUGCCAACCGGGAUGCAGAGAAGAAAGAAGGGCAGGAAAAAGAAGAGAGCAAAAAGGAUAGGAAAGAUGACAAAGAGAAAGAUAAAGAUAAGGAAAAGAGUGAUGUGAAGAAAGAAGAGAAAAAGGAGAAAAAGUAAAACAUGUAGCUUUUUUUUAAUUUGUAAAUUAAAAUCUUAUAAACUAAAUCAAUGUGCCACUAGAGGGUUCUUUUUCACUUUCAGUGCUUGUUAAAAGGCUGUCCUGAUGAGAGCUCUCUGCCUCCGAUCAUUCUUGCUGUGGCAUUAUGUGAUGUAAAAUGACAGAGGGACUGAUCUCCAACUCAGACUGCAGCCUCAGCUGCGUGCGUUGGGGAUUAUGAUAGCUCAGGCUUCAGAUUGUGAGAAAAGUGAAGAGACAAACAACAACAUAACAUUUUUGGUACUCUUCAUACUUUAUAAACAGGAGUUGAAUUUUCCCCUCUUGAGAGAUUCUUGGGGGGGGGGGUCUCUUUCUGAUAAUUGGCAAAAUUGCUAAACGGAAUGUGUGGAUUCUGUACAUUCUCUGGCUUGUAAACCUUGAGUUCUGACACUUCUGAACUCUUGAGAACCACACCACAUUUUGGACCUGCAGCUCUGGCAUUAUCAGGGCUUGGGGUCCAGCUUCAUGUAUUGUUUACCUUCAAAGACACAAUUAAAUGGCUUGGUUUUUAA